AUGUCUAUUAUUUCUAACGAUAAAUUCAGUGAUGUUAUUUCAAAAGAAAGGAAGAUAAUAUCAAGAAAUGUUGAAAGCGGAAUUACUAAUACUGUUAUAUGUAUUUUGAUUAAACAACUUGGAGCUAUAGUUUCAUUUAGAAGGACUAAAAAAACCAAGAACACAGUCAAGAUGAUGAUUCCAGAGAGUAUUACAAUUAUAGGGACAGUGAUUGAUCAAAAUAAUCUUAUUGAAAUGAGUGAUUUACUAAUUAGAGAAAUGAUAAAAGAACAACCAAUCAAUCGUGAAGGAAUGAGUGAUAAACAAUAUAAUAGAAGUAAAGAAUCAUGGAUUAACAAUGGAUUAUUGUAUCUUUUAAAAAUGUAUGGAUAUAAUUUUAAUAUUAGACAAACCAAAAAAGCUAAAUUAACUGAAAGAUUUGUAAAAGUAUCAUCAAUUAGUCUUCCAAGUGGAGAAAUUAUUAAUGAGAAAAGACUUAUUGAGAUUGGAAUGGAGUUUGAACAAUUUAUUUCCAAUUCUUUUAAAAGAGAAAAAGUACUAAAAGUUGAUUCUUCUCAAUUAUCAUCACUUCAUAUUCCAGAGAUAACAGAUAUACUAGUCAAUCAACAAUGUCUCUCUUAUUGUAGUUUUAAUGAACAACAACCAACAACUGGAAGUAUUGUUGUAGAGUAUCAACCAUUAUUUUAUACCCAAGACAUUGGAAUACCAGGUACUAUUUAUCCACUGAGGUAUGAUAAUAAUUAUUUUCUAUGGUUUCUGCAAAAGAACCAAAUGAAACAAACAGUUGUAGUUAUACCAACAAAUCAUAAAGUCAUUCGUGUUCACUCUGGGUUUCAUAAUGAAUAUAUUUUAAAUCAACUCAAAAAUGAAUAUCAUAUCAUUGAUUCUCCAAUUCUAAGUCAUGACAUUCUCUUACCAAAUAAUAUUAAUAUUGACAUUGUUGAUGCUGACUCUAUUAUUUCUGAUGCUGAUUAUACAACGUUAAUCCAAAGAAGAAAAUAUCUUAAAGAUACCGAUUUUGUUAUUUUCUUCUUGAAAUCAUCUUUUAAUUCUUCUCUCAUUCAACGUCUUCAAUUUGACUUAUCACCAUCUUCUUCAUUUCUGUUUAUUCCAAUAGAAGAUGAUGAUCUUUUGUUAAUGAAUUGUAUUAACUCUAUUCUUAAAUCAAAUGUUGAGCCUUUUCAUAAUGAUGAAAUCAACUUUGCUGAUGAGAUAAAAUCAUUUGCAUCACAACUAUCAUCCUUGAUUAAUGUUGACGUUUAUUCAUUGAUGAAAACAAAUCAUCUGUCUAUUUCUGAUUUGUUCAACUCAUCAUUAUUAUUAUCAAAAGGUAUUAAUGAAGACAUUGUACAAUCUCUUCAACAAUUAUUUUCAACUGAUCGUUUCUUAUAUUUUUUUGUUUUGAUUAACAAUUUAAAAUAA